UAGUGAAGAGUUCCUGUUUGUCUGAUCACUGAACCGCAGCUGACAUGAAACUCACUGGAAGCUGAAAGCACUGAGUGGAGAUGAAACAGGAGUACCAGGAUGUUGUUCUGCAGGUGUGCGGCGCCUCCUCCCUGCAGGUGGGUGUUAAGAUCCAGACGCUGUGGAGCGGUUACGGGGAGAUCCUGCGGCUGCACCUGGAGGGCAGCGACCGGCCGUCCGUGGUCGUCAAACACGUCAAGUUUCCAGAAGACGCGGAGCAUCCCGGAGGCUGGAACACGGACCGCUCCCACACACGCAAAGUCAAAUCCUAUCAUGUGGAGACACACUGGUACCAGAACUACUCCACCAAUCAGAGCUGUCGCAUCCCAGCGUGCCUGGCCGCCUGUUCCCAUGGAGACGAGAUGCUGAUUGUGCUGGAGGACCUGGACGUGGCCGGUUAUGAUCAGAGAAGGACCAGUGUGAGGAACAGAGAGAUUAAAGCUUGUCUCGGUUGGCUCGCCCACUUCCACGCUCUCUUCCUGGGCGUAGCACCCGAGGGUCUGUGGUCCGUCGGGACCUACUGGCACCUGGAGACCCGGCCGGACGAGCUGGAGGUCAUGGACGACGCCGAGCUCAAAGCGGCGGCCGGCCACAUCGACAAAAUACUCAACGAAUGUCGCUUCAAGACCAUCGUUCACGGAGAUGCCAAGUUAGCCAACUUCUGCUUCUCCCCGAGCGGCCGGGACGUCGCAGCCGUAGACUUUCAGUACGUCGGCGGAGGCUGCGGGAUGAAAGACAUCGUGUAUUUUUUAGGAAGCUGCAUGGAAGAGAAGGAGUGUGAAAAGAGGGUUCCAGACUUACUGGACUAUUAUUUCUCCGAGUUGAAGCUCUCUGUGAAGAAAGAUGUGGACUUUGCCGCCCUUGAGAAGGAGUGGAGGGAGAUGUUCGCCUUCGCCUGGACGGACUUCCAUCGCUUCCUGCUGGGAUGGAUGCCCGGACACUGGAAGAUCAACCGCUACAGCAAACAGCUGACCAAGGAGGUGCUGGGAAAACUGCAGCUUUAAUCAGCACCUAAAAAAACUCUAAUUUUCACUCUGCAGACAAGCAGAGAGCCGAGUGUGUUUGAACGUGGAGAUCCUUUACUCACCUGUUUGCAGUGACACGUGCUUAUCAAACCAUUUCUGGAUGAAUAAAGGUCUUUGA